UUUGACCGCUGGCUGGUCAGUUCGCUCCGUCAGACAAAGAAAACGGAUCAUAAACCUUAUUCCAGGCUGUUGAGGAGCACAUGAGGGAUCUGUCGGAGCUGGGUUCUUUCUCGGCGUGUCCACGAUGAAGCUGCUGAUCCCAAACCCGGGGCUGGACAAGCGGAUCCACACGUACGACGACCUGGAGAGGAUGGACAGAGAGCAGGUUGAGGACCGGCCCAAGUGGGAUAAUAAGGCUCAGUACAUUUUAACCUGUGUGGGCUUCUGCAUUGGGAUCGGGAACGUGUGGCGCUUCCCCUACCUGUGCCAGAGCCAUGGAGGAGGAGCCUUUCUGAUUCCAUAUUUAAUCCUGCUGGUUCUUGAGGGGCUGCCUCUUCUUUUCAUGGAGUUUGCCAUUGGUCAGCGCAUGAGAAAAGGUAGUGUUGAAGUGUGGAGGGACAUCAACCCCUAUCUGACCGGUAUUGGGAUCGCCUCUAUGCUGGUGUCCUUGUUAAUCGGGCUUUACUACAACACUUUAAUCGCCUGGAUCGUGUGGUAUCUCUUCAACUCCUUUCAAAGCCCUCUGCCCUGGACGCAGUGCCCUCUCAAUGAAAACCAAACAGGUUACAUAGCUGAAUGCCAGCAGAGCUCCACAGUGGAUUACUUCUUCUACAGAGUGACACUGAACACUUCCACCUCCAUAUCCGACUCUGGGGGGAUCCACUGGCCUGUAGUAGCUUGUCUGCUCGUGGCCUGGACAGUCAUUUGGCUUUGCUACAUCAGAGGAAUAAGCAGCUCUGGAAAGGCUGUGUACGUUACGACUCUAUUACCGUACUUCGUUCUCGUCAUCUUCCUGGUUCGUGGGGUGACCCUUAAAGGAGCUUGGACUGGAGUGAAGUUUCUUUUUACACCAGAUGUUGAGGAGCUGAUCAAGCCCGUCACGUGGCUGAACGCAGGAGCACAGGUGUUCUUCUCUUUAGGGAUAGGAUGGGGAGGACUCAUUUGUUUCUCCAGCUACAACCCGCUGCACAACAACUGUAGGAACGAUGCUUUGAUGCUGUCGGUCGUUAGUGCGUCGACGGCGACGUUUGCAGCGACUGUGACCUACACCAUCAUCGGCUUCAGAGCUACACAGAAAUAUGAGACAUGUAUGAACGAUAACAUCGGGAUUCUAAUGAACGCCUUUGACGUCCCUGAGAGUUACAUCACGCCAGAAAACUACGAUAAAGUGUUUAAUCUUCUGAACAGCACUGAUCCUGCGACUGUUAUGGGGCUGGACAUAACCUCCUGUGACCUGCAGACGUUUCUUAGACAGGGAGUGGAGGGACCAGGUUUGGCUUUCAUCGUCUUCGCAGAGGCCAUAAACAACAUGCCCGUCGCUCCAGUCUGGUCCGUUCUGUUUUUCGUGAUGCUUCUCUGUCUGGGCCUCUCUAGUCUAAUCGGCACGUUUGAAGGAGUGCUCGUUCCUUUGAGAGACCUACACGUGUUUCCUAAAAAGUGUCCUCAAGAAGCAGUCACUGGUAUUACAUUUCUCGCUGCGUUCUUCAUCACUUUACUCUUCGCUCAGCGUUCCGGGAUGUACUGGGUGUCGCUUUUUGAUGCGGUUGCUGGUUCAGUUCCUUCUCUUUUCAUUGGUUUGGUUGAAAGUAUAAUCGUGGUCUACGUUUAUGGCAUAAAUAGGUUUAAUGAAGAUAUCAAGUUUAUGAUUGGGUCUAAACCUGGAAUAUUCUGGCAAGUCACGUGGAGGUUCGUCAGUCCUCUCAUUAUGCUGGUUAUUUUAAUUUUCUACCUGGUAACGCAAGCACAAGGAGAACUGACCUAUUUAGUGUGGGACCCCAGUUCUGAUAAUUUCCCAUCUCUGGCAUCAGUUCCUUAUCCAGACUGGGUUUACGCUGUGGUCUUUCUGUUGGCCGGCGUCCCCAGUUUGGUCCCGCCCUUCUACGCUUUGUGCAGAGUGAUCUACAACAGAUGCAACAAAAACAAUGAAACACAAAAGAACUGAAGUA